CUGAUAGACUGCACUGACUGGCAUCACUGCUGGGCACUGACUGGCGGCACUGACUGGCACAACCGCUGGGCACUGACUGGCAGCACUGCUGGGCUGCACUGGUGGGUGGCACUGGUGGGUGGGCACAGGUGGGUGGCACUGGUGGGCGGAGCUAGUGGGCGCACUGCUGGGCACAGGUGGAUGGAACUUGCGGGUGGCACUGCUGGGCACCGAUCAUCAGGGCACUGAUCAUCAGUGCCCUGAUGAUCGGUGCCGAUCCCCGCUCUGACAACUGCCGGUUCUCUGCAGUACUUUCCUCACGAUCUGACAGCGUGAGGAAAGUGCAGCCGAGAACCGGCACUUGCAU